CGCGCGUCUCGAGGGGUCAAGACGCGAUUGGCCCGUGCGUUCAGCCGGAGGGAGGCACGCGGCUGGGGUGCUUGGCCCGAGAGGCAGGCGGGGGCCGAGGGGAGGGGUGUGCGCUGUGGCGUCGGGUGUUUUGGUUUGGCUUUUUUUUUUUUUUUUUUUUCCGCGAAAGAAGUUUGCGUUGGCCACGCCUCAAGGCGGCCACCUCCUCUUGCCCCCUCCCCCGCCCCUCCGCGCACACCUCUUGGUGCAGAUUGCAAAGCGCCUUCCGCUGAGAGAGCUGCAGAUUUUGCAAGAGCCUAGCUCGCCCACCUUGCUGGAGCGCCUUGUGUCCCCCUGAACUCCGGGUUGCAAAGAGCCGGUUGCCUGAUUUGACUACCCCCUCACCCGGACUGCAUGGUCUCCUGGGACCCUCUUGAGUUGCACGUUUCUGCACUGAGGACUGCGAAUCCCCGUCACUCCUAGGAUUUGCAGUGUUCUGGAUACUGGAGGCUUGCAGGCUACGCUCGCCCGCUCCUGGGCAGGCACUCGCCCGAAUCACAGGAGUGUGCCGCUGACUGGCAGGCCAGCUCUUCGCCUCUCCAUGAGCCCGUGAGCUUACGGGCAGGUGCCCGGUGAUGGCGCGGCCCGUGAGCGACAGGACCCCGGCCCCACUGCUGCUGGGCGGCCCAGCCGGGGCCCCCCCUGGCGGGGGAGCGCUGCUUGGGCUGCGGAGCCUUCUGCAGGGGACCAGCAAGCCCAAAGAGCCAUCCAGCUGUCUCCUGAAGGAAAAGGAGCGCAAGGCGGCUCCGCCGGCAUCCACGGUCCCCGGGCCGGGCCUGGAGACGGCGGGCCCGGCGGAUGCCCCAGCUGGGGCGGUGGUGGGCGGCGGAUCCCCGCGGGGGCGCCCGGGGGCCGCGCCUGGCCCGGGUCUGUUGGCGCCGCUGCUGUGGGAGCGGACGCUGCCGUUCGGCGACGUGGAGUACGUGGACCUGGACGCCUUCUUGCUGGAGCACGGGCUCCCGCCCAGUCCGCCGCCCCCCGGCGGCCCAUCACCGGCGCCCUCGCCCGUGCGCACGCCCGCACCCUCCCCGGGGCCCGGCUCCUGCGGCUCAGCUUCCCCUCGUUCCUCGCCGGGGCACGCCCCCACCCGGGCUGCCCUCGGGGCCGCGGGCGGCCACCGCGCAGGCCUGACCUCUCGGGACACACCCAGCCCUGUGGACCCAGACACCGUGGAGGUGCUGAUGACAUUUGAACCCGACCCAGCAGAUUUAGCCCUGUCGAGCAUUCCUGGCCACGAGACCUUUGACCCUCGGAGACAUCGCUUCUCAGAGGAGGAACUUAAGCCCCAGCCCAUCAUGAAGAAGGCUCGGAAGAUCCAGGUGCCAGAGGAGCAGAAGGACGAGAAGUAUUGGAGUCGGCGGUACAAGAAUAACGAGGCAGCCAAGCGGUCCCGAGAUGCCCGGCGGCUCAAGGAGAACCAGAUAUCGGUCCGGGCGGCCUUCCUGGAGAAGGAGAACGCCCUGCUGCGGCAGGAAGUGGUGGCUGUGCGCCAGGAGCUGUCCCACUACCGCGCCGUGCUGUCGCGCUACCAGGCCCAGCACGGAGCCCUGUGAGGCCGUCCCCUACCCUUGCCUGGCGGAGCUCUUCCCCGCCUCGGUCAGACUUGCGCCCCGACGCCCUUUUCCCUCCCCGCCCUGUGGCCCACAGGCCGGCCAGCUGGGUGCCCCAGGGACGUGAUGAUGCAGAUAAAUACAUUUAUAUUUUUAAGAAAAAGCGAGCCUCCCCCCUCCCUCGCGGGGGCGGGGAGGGUCCUCUGUGUUGCCCCUGCCACUUCGGGGACCCCAUCUUCCCACCGCCUCCGUUAACACACCCUGAAUAAAUCUUGAGAACCCC